GGCUGGGAAGAAGGAAGUGGUCGUGGUCGUGGUAGUCCACGAUCUCCUGCUAAUAUGGUUGCGAGUGGUCCAUUCGCUCUCUGUCCAGUGAUGACGGGUACUUCCAGCUCCCGGCGUUUCGCUCCAGCAGCUACUCCAAUUCCGGCACCAUUAAAAAUCAAGGCUUCUUCUCUCGGAGCUGGUCUAUCCCAAACUGCACCACCUAAAAUCAAGCGAGAAGAACCAAAGGUAGAGAAGGACGAAGACGCAGAGAUAUAUUCUGAUGCGGAUGACAAUGUGGAGAUCGUUGAUAUAGAGAAUGUUGGUUAA